AUUCAUAGAAUAAAAUAUUGUGUAGUGUCACAAUGACCCUGAUAAAAGAACAACGUCGCUAUCGAUAAAAUAUUAUAGAAUAUCAUUUUAGCAAUAUUAUUGUUUUUUAUCGAAAACUAGUACGUUUUAGAAAAUGGAAGUCCCUUGGAUAUUCACCAUUAUUUCCUUGUUGGUCGCAACAGACGCUUACAAAAUAUUAGUAGUAAGCCCCUUACCUGGAAAGAGCCAUGCAAUCCUUGGUGAUGGAAUAGUGAAUCAUCUCGCCAAAGCUGGACAUCAGAUACAUUAUAUCACGGCAAUAGCUCCCAAGAAGUCAGACAAUGUCACAGUUAUAGAAAUCAAAGAGACCUACGAAUAUUUCAAUACUUUUGCAGAAAAAUUCUUCGGUUUUGAAGCUGUUCUAGAAAAGAAAGAUGGCGCCAAUAAUGUGCUUACAAUAAUGGCAACAAUGAGAGAAUUCAGUAAAAUUACCCUGAAUAACCCAGAAGUUAGAACAUUACUCACAGAUAAAAACCCACAUUUUGAUGUCAUUAUACUUGAAUGGCUGUAUAGUGAUGUAUAUGCAGGCUUACAAGCUGUCUUCGACUGUCCGUUCAUUUGGUUUUCAACUAUUGAACCACACUGGAGGAUCCUUAGCCUGAUAGAUGAGAUACCAAACCCAGCUUAUACCACCGACCCGAUGAUCAGUAGCUAUCCACCAUUUACCUUCUACCAAAGGGUAAAGGAAUUGGGCGCUCAAAUUAUUGGACUUCUUUUGGAGAUAUUCAUCAGUCGAGGAAAGGACAUCCAACAAUAUCAGAAAAUGUUGGUUCCAAUAAUUGAAAAGAAAGGAAAAUUAGCACCUUCUCUAGAUGACUUAAGAUACAAUGCUUCCCUGGUCCUUGGUAAUUCUCACAUCUCAUUAGGACUACCAUUUAAGCUUCCAGACAAUUACAAAGCUAUCGGUGGAUAUCACAUUGAAGAGGACAUACAACCAUUACCGAAGGAUUUGAAAAAAAUAUUAGACGAAGCAUCCCAAGGUCUGAUAUAUUUUAGCAUGGGGUCAAAUUUGAAAAGUAAAACGUUGCCAACUAAAGUUAAAAAUGACCUGCUGAAAAUGUUCGGUCAACUCAAGCAAACAGUUUUGUGGAAAUUUGAAGAUGAUCUCCCAAAUAGACCAAAAAAUGUACACAUUGUACACUGGGCACCACAACAAAGCAUUUUAGCACACAAAAACUGUAUUCUAUUCAUAACUCAUGGUGGACUUUUAUCAACGACUGAAACAGUACAUUUUGGUAUACCUAUCAUUGGUAUACCUAUAUUUGCUGAUCAGUUCAUAAACGUCGAUAGAGCGGUCCAGAAAGGAUUUGCUAAACGAGUUGAUAUAUCAUACAAUGUUGCUGAUGAUUUGAAAAAGGCCAUAGACGACAUUUUAUCUGAUACGGCCUAUAGAAAAAAGGUGAAGGAGUUAUCAUUCAUCUACCACGACCGUCCAGUGUCCCCGGGCAAGGAGCUGGUGCACUGGGUGGAGCACGUCAUACGCACGAACGGCGCGCCGCAUCUGCGCUCCCCCGCACUCAUGGUUCCCUGGUAUCAGAAGAUGUAUUUGGACCUGGCUACACUAGUAGUAGUAUUUAUACUAGUCAUCAUUUAUGUAAUCAAAAAAGUAAUUAAGACCAUAAAAUAUAAACCUGAUAAAAAGAAGAAACGAAACUGAUAAUUAUUAAGACUAAUGCAUAAUAUUACUGAAUA